AAGAAACUGGAAGGUACUGGGUACUGAGCCCGCGAAAUUUCUUUUCCUCAAACCCAACAUUCUAAAAUGGCGGACGAGAAUGUCGGCACCACAUCUUCAGUAUCCAAAGGAUGUUUUUUGUUCAAGAAAACGCCGGAUGGAUCUCCGCGAAAACGGCGGUACAAAAACGCAGUGGAUUUAAUGGGAGCGGCAGAAGGAGAAAGUUUGGAAAAUGUGCAACAGAGAUAUGAUAACUUGAAGUACUGCUUGGGAACAGUGAAGCACCUGAUAGAGGGUCUGCAAACCAACAGUAAAGUGUUCUCUCAGCUCAUUGACUUCAUCAAGACAUCCCAUGGCUCUGCCACAGAGCCACGCCUCCAUGGGGUAAUACGGGAAAUUCCAACUGCUGUAUUAAUAACAGGUGUCAACAUGCCUGAUCAUGAUAUUAUCUUCUCCCAACUGGUGACAGACCUGUCAUUGGUCACUCCUUACACAGCGGUCAUGAAAUCUAAAGAUUGCACAGCCAUGAAGUCUACCAUGAAGAAUAUGAUGGUGCAGUUUAUGGAUUGUGAAAUAGAUGAUGAUGAAGAAAUUCGAAGUCCUCGUCAAGCACACUCCAAGCUGAGCUCCAUGCCACAACUGUGCCGCUGGUACACAAGGAGAUGUCAGAGUGAAGGCCCAAAUGUUUCCCCUGCAAUGGUUAUCAUAUUUGAGGACUUUGAAGGCUUUCCUGCACACAUUGUCCAAGAUUUUAUCACUAUUUGUAGCCAAUAUGCCGACCAUCUUCCUCUUGUCCUGGUGUUUGGUGUCGCGACAUCUGUAGCCGCCAUUCACCAAGUGCUCCCACACUCAGUCUCAACUCUGCUGUCCAUCCAGAGAUUCCAAUCACAGCCCUCACUUGUUUGCUUACAGGAAAUAAUCUCUCAGGUUUUGAUGACACCUAAAUAUUCUUUCAAACUAGGGGCCAAAGUGUUCAGAUUUCUGUAUGAAAAUUUUCUGUUCCACGACUUUUCUCUUCAGAACUUUAGCACUGGACUUCAGUUUUGUAUACUGGAGCACUUCUACUGCAACCCUGCUAGCAUAUUGUGCUGUCCAUCCUCUGCUGACCGUGAGGACAUCAUCCGGGAAUUGACAGAUGAUGAAUUGGACAUCAUCAGGAGCCUCCUGUCAUUCAAGAGGCAUGUUGAAAGCUGCAACAAGCAGCAGCAAGCACAACUACUGACGGACAGUGGCCAUACUAAGGAAGUCAUCAUUGAGUUACUUAAUGGUUUGGACUCUUACCAUUGGUACUUCUUCCCAAUUCUGGACUGUCUGCAUGCCAUGGCUGCAAACCUACCCAGGCUUCCACUAGGCAAAAAGGUUCGUGAUCUCUAUGAAUACAGUUUAUCUCCAACACAUAUCUACCACCAAGACAAGUACCGCGAUGCUUUGGCUUUGCUGAGGGUUUUGGCAAAGGAUGAACUUGUGGAGAUUAUUAUCAAAUGUGUGAAUAUCCUGGAAAAAUUUCUUGAGACUGCUUUAAAUGCCAAGAAAUGCCCCGACCUUUUCAAUUACAAGAAGAAUAUGUUAGAGUUUUUAGAACAGUUUGAAAAACUAAGUGAGCAACAAGAACCAGUCAGGCCAGCAACCCUGCCAACCGGGAAAGGCGGCACGCCGAAAAUUGUCAACAGAUUUGAGCUUCAAGAGAAAUUGCGUUUAGCAGCCACUCAGAAGAGAAAAGACACACCUUACGACCAGCUUCGCCAAAAGACAGUAGACUACAUGGACAGCCUCUUCAGGAAACAUCUUCGAAGUCCUCAAAGUUUACCACUGCAUGAGGUGAUGUAUUUCGACAAGCUGCACAAAGUCAAGGAGCACCUGAUAGGUAUGCCGCGGGCAGCAAUACAAACUGCGCUCAGCGAUCCUCGACACUACCUCAAGUGCGAAUGCUGUGAGAUAGAGGCUGGCGCUAUCCAGGUUUCCUUGCCUGAUGUCUCGGUGGCAUAUAAACUUUACCUUGAAUGCAGCAGGAUGAUCAAUCUUUACGACUGGCUACAGGCUUUCAAGGUUGUGCUAGACCCAGACCCGAAAGCAUCUACGAAGACUCCGUCCAAAAAGCAAAAGAAGUCGGACGCGCAGCUCCAAGCACGGUUUAUUCGUGCCGUUUCUGAGCUACAGUUCAUGGGUUUUAUUAAACCCACCAAAAGGAAAACAGACCAUGUGCAGCGCUUGACAUGGGGAGGCUGCUAACUACGGAUGUCACACACCCACUAGGGCUGUAGGCCAGGGAGUGCCAUGUGUACCCUGAAGUACUCGGAAAUGCCUUCAACCAAGGUUAUUGAAGCAACCAAGAGGGGCAGAUGCAUUACUGGCAACGCCCCUGAAAUUAGGAGUCUGCUAGCUGGGAACCAUCACAGACACUAUUUUUCUCUUAAAAGGUGUCCCUAUGCUGCACCCUAGAGUACUCUAGUCAAAGAUUUUUCACCUGAGGCAACUGUUCAAUUAAGAGUUGUAAAAGAGGAGGCAGUGCAGCGCUCCUACAUGGGAAAGCUGAUUGCUACAAAUGACCCACGGAAUAUUUCCCUAAGAGGUAUACCGAUGGCCAAUUACUCAAGAUCACUGGGGCAAUAUUCACUUAAAGAGUGAUAGAUGUAUUUCUAGGCAGCGCUCCACCUUCUGGGACACCAGGUGAUAGAAGAGCUAGUGUCAUGUCCCUUACAUAUUGUGCGAUGGCUGGUAUAUGUUAAUGAUAGGGAGAAGCUACUUUCAUUCGGGUAUACUUCCGCUAUGCCCAUAGUUCCCCAAGGGGUAAAUGAUGAGAUAUAGACAGUAAAUAGUGCCUGUCUGCUGCAGAGCCACGAUGAAAGAGACGAAAUUUCGAAAAGUUUCUCAUAUAUAAGAAAGGAUAGUGCAUUAAUCAUGGAUAGCCUAUCUUUUCGUUUUUUCUCUGUUAUACCCUUGAAAAGGAAUAAUGGAUCAGUCUCUAGGGAUCUCAAAGUAAGUUAUGGGUUAAUAAUGUACUGCAAUGAUUAACCUGUUGAAAAAUAAAUAAAUUAAAAAAGACCGAAAAAAUUAA